AAUUCAAAAUUGGUCCGAGCGGUUGUGGCGGCGCGAGAUAAAUUGAAAAACUUUAAAAGCAAGUGAAAACAAAAAUAACGCGAAUGUGUUUUCUGAAAAUCAACUCGGCAAGGAAAAAAUUAAAAAAAAAGCCGUUGAUUUCGUUUGUAAUGUAUACAAAUAACGGUGAAUAAUAAAUAAAUGAUCAAAUCCCUAUCUUAUCUAGGUGGUACUAUAUAAAAACAAUCCUGUGUUAAGUACAAAAAAAAGGGGGAUCUUGUGGUUGGGCUGGUGCGUCGAUUUGUGCUUUGAUGAAAUCAUAACCAUAUUAUACAGAUGUUCGUGUGUGUCUGUGUGUGCAUGUAUGUAAAUCUGAAAAGAAAGAUACAAGUGUGCGCGACUGAGUGUAGUGGAUCGUGCAUGUAUGUGUGCACACACUAAAGUGAUUAGUGUGUGCGUGUUAGUGCGAUCGACACAAGAAGUGUGUGUGUUGACUGAGUUGAAAACAGAUGAAAAUACAUAAAUUAAUACACAUGGUGUUGUAUGUUUGCAAUUUGGAUUUUAAAGUAAAUUCUUGUAAACGCUAUCUUCCGUGUUUUAAAAAGUCUUAAAGUUCGUUUUCACAUAAUGCGUACCUAACGCGAAGCAUGUGGUUGGCUUGGCCGACGGAGGUACAACAAAAACUGUUCAGCUGAGACAAAAAAAUGUUUGGCAGUAUGUACUACAUUGUACGAUCGGAUUCGGAUUUUAAAACAUAUUAAGACGCUUUGGUUUAUCGAGCCAGUUCCGGAGAUCACAUUCAAUCAAAAGCAUGGAUAAAUCACACUUCCAGAAGAACCAUAUGCGGAACAGUAAAGUGACGACGACAGUCAAUCGCGUAUGCGAGGCGAGCAUAACCGGCAUUAUUUAGGCUAACUCGACUCAAACGCCGGUAAGCUUUAAAGCUGGAAAGGAGUAAAACAUGCCGCAUACACACAACCGGCACGGGUCAUCUGGGGAUGAUUUAUGUAGUACCGACGAAGUCAAGAUAUUUAAGGACGAAGGAGACCGCGAAGAUGAGAAAAUAUCAUCCGAAAAUCUUUUAGUCGAAGAGAAGUCUAGCUUAAUAGAUCUAACCGAAAGUGAGGAAAAGGUCAACAAAACAGUUAGGCCGGACCACAGUCCUGUUUUCAAUAAACUAGAACCCCACACACCAAGCUUCAACAUGGGAUACUUGGUAUCGCCGUAUCCGUAUGGAAACGGUACUCCCAGCGGAUUACCAGUGACGAUGGCUAACAAAAUGGGACUACCUCCAUUUUUCUGCCACAAUACUGACCCACUUACAACACCACCUCCUGCGCACUGUGGUAUUCCUCCUUAUCAAUUGGAUCCCAAAGCAAUGGGUUUAACACGUCCCGCUUUAUAUCCGUUUGCAGCAGGCCAAUACCCUUACCCAAUGCUUAGUCCUGAUAUGUCUCAGGUUGCUUCCUGGCACACACCAUCGGUAUACUCAGCAUCUAGUUUUAGAACCCCUUAUCCUACAUCAAUACCAAUUAACACCACGCUUUCAAGCGAUUUCCCAUUCCGAUUCUCACCGAGCCUUCUGCCUUCAGUACACGCUACAUCACACCACGUUUUAAAUUCCCAUCCUUCCAUUGUGGGUGCCAGUUCCAAACAAGACUGUGGAUCUCAGGACCCAACAACGAAUAAUCGUUAUCCAAGAAACUUGGAUUCAAAAAACUCAUCGAAUACACAAUCUACCGACUGUAAGGAUAGCUCUAAUGAUAAAAAAAAACCACAUAUCAAGAAACCAUUGAAUGCGUUCAUGCUUUACAUGAAGGAGAUGCGAGCCAAAGUAGUCGCCGAAUGUACUCUUAAGGAAUCCGCUGCAAUUAAUCAAAUUUUGGGGAGACGGUGGCACGAACUUUCCCGCGAAGAACAAAGCAAAUAUUACGAAAAGGCUCGGCAAGAGCGCCAAUUACAUAUGGAAUUGUAUCCGGGGUGGAGCGCACGAGAUAACUACGGUUACGUGUCAAAAAAGAAAAAGCGUAAAAAAGACAGAUCGACAACGGAUUCGGGAGGUAAUAACAUGAAAAAGUGCCGUGCUCGUUUUGGACUGGACCAGCAAAAUCAAUGGUGCAAGCCGUGCAGACGCAAAAAAAAAUGCAUACGCUACAUGGAGGCUAUAAACGGAAUCAGCGCCAUUGAAGAUGGAAGCGGCAUUGAUGACCUCGGAAGCCAGCUAAGCGAUGACGAAGAUGAUGAUGAUGACGAAGAUCAGUUAGUCGGUAGCUGUGGCAGCAAUGAUGAAAGCAAUAAAAUUCCAGAUGAUGAUACAGAGUCUCUGAAUCAGUCAAUAUCCAGCCCUGGCUGCUUAAGCGGGUUGUCUAGUUUGCAAAGCCCGUCUACAACGACAAGCUUGGCGAGCCCACUUAAUAUGAAUAUAAAUCCAGCAACACCGUCUCUAUUAGCUGCCAGCUCUAAUGCGCUGAUGGUAGUUAAUGCAGAACAGGUAGCCAGUCAUCCGAGAUCGGAAUCUGUUUCUGCAUCAGGAUCGAGUAGUGGGUCAACAUGUAGCAUAAGCACUACUCCGAAUACCUCAAAUACUGUAUCGCCUGUAACAGGUACGACUGGUCCAUCUUCAAGUUCAGCUCAUGAGCGAGCUAUGAUGCUAGGAAAUCGUUUUAGUCACCUAGGGAUGGGCCUUAGUCAUACGAUAGGUAGUUCCGUUUGCAGAAAAAUUGAUGCGCCAUUCCAGCCACAGCCAACAGUCAGUAAAAAUAAGAGUUCAGCAAAUGGCUUUAAUGGUUUUAACGGUUCUAUUGCACCAUCUAAGGCACCAGCGCCGUCAAACAUAGCCCGAAACCCAAUUGGUGCUAAUCCACGGGACAUAAAUAAUCCGCUCAGCAUCAAUCAGUUAACUAAGCGAAGUGAAGAUCAGAAUGUUUGCUCCAGUGAAAUCUCUGAUUCUCAGGCAAUUUCCGCUUUGGCUCCAACAUCCAUUAUUCACCAUGCUACUCCGCUCUACCCCCACCACUCGCUAUUUAAUAGCAGCUUCAGCCAACAUUUUCACCAACAGUUGACCCACCAUUUAGUGGCUGCCAGCAAUAUCGAGUCAACGCUAUUACCCGAAGAUCCCCAUUCAGUAAACAACGUCAAGCUUCAUACUCCCUCAGAUCCUCCAACGAACGCAAAUAAUCCCACGUCAAGUGCUGGUCCUUCCGAAACUGGAGCCAUUAGCGUAUCAUAGCAAAAUGCUAGUCUAUUAAAAAACUUCGCCGGCUUUCUCUUUAUUCUCUCAAUUUUCAGUGUUGUGUGAGAAGCAGAUUAAAUAAUUGAACGUGCAAUAACUAUUAUUAUCGCCAUUCCAUCGCCAUCUUUAGAAACAUGUGGCCAUAAUAGACAAGUGCCAAAAUUUGAAUAAUAAAUACAUAUAUAUACAUAAAUAUGUAUAUUUGCAUUUUUGUAAUAAUUGAAACUACAAUCUGUUGUCAUUGAGUAUAAAUAAUGUAAGAAGUCAAACAGGAUCAUUUCUCUAGAGACAACACAAAUGGAUCAAAACUCAUGCUAGGGAACGCCAAAUAGAUUAAGUAAACGUGCUUAUGUAUGUAACUAAGUACAUUUACACAUCUGCAUGUAUAUAAGUACAUAUCUUACGUUACUUACAUAUCUUACGUUACUUACUUAUGUUACACACCUACAUAUCCGCAGAAAGUGGAAUUCAUCUAAACUAUACAUAUGUAUAUACGUACGUUGAAAUAAAUAUGAAAAUAUUUAUACCAUUAUGUAUGUACAUUUAAAUAGAUACAUAUGCUGUACAAUAUACGACAUCGUUUUAAUUUUUUUCUUGGCGCUUUAUUUUGGAAUUAACGUUUAACUUUGUUUCAACGUAUGAAUUUUUACGCAAAUACAUAAAGGUUUGUGAAAAUGUCGGCACACACAUCAACUAUUAUUUUUAUGUUAAUAUUUAUUACCGGAGCACAAUAACAUAGUUAACGAUUUCUUUUGACAAAAUUCGAUUUAAUGCGAAAAGCAUUUGUUGUUCAAAACCGCAAUUAUUUUUUGUAUGCUGUAUGUACAUAUGUAUCUCAAAUAUGUAGAUGAGCAGAAAAUAGAAAAGCGUGUAAAUAUAUGAAUUGCUUACAUACAAAUACUGACAAUGUUUACGAAUUUAUUGACCAUAAGACCUGAUAGCUACCUUUCCAUAAAGAGUAAAUGCCGGCGAAAUAAAUACCAUUUACCUGUAUAUAUGUAUAUGUAUGUACAUGUAUUUAUAAAUUCAUAUUUGAAAGCUAUUAAACAUACAUACGAGUAUAUUUAUACUAGUCUUUAUUCAGUUCAACCUCUGUUCUUGUAAUUACAUGCAUACAUAUGUCCGUAAUCAAUUUUUUAUGAAGUGCGUAAACCCGGGCUCGUAAUUUAUACACCUAUACACAUAUAUUGUAGAUAUAUUAGAAAUAGUGCUUAGCACAUGAAUGACAUACAAUUAAUUUUUUAUACCAUGUGCCAAUAUAAUCUUUCUUACAGUGUGCGACUAUGUAUUAUUUUUGUUGGCUCAGUCGAGAAUUUGUGCGAUAACUUUAUGGAAUUUACUGUAAAAGUUACGAGCCCUGAUAAAUACAAACCUACAUAUGUGUGUAUAAAUAUUUAAAUGUACUUAAUAGUCAGAUAUCAAUGUAGAAGUCUAUUAUCUUUAAUCAAUAUUGAGUAUUUCGAAAUUCAUGUUUAUAUACAUACACACUCGUAUAGCUAUAAGAUAUUUGUAGUCCGAAUCGACAAUGUUGCAAAUGGAUCUUAAUAUACUCCCUAAAAAACUUACAAAUGUAUGUACAUAUGUAUGGACGAGUAUUCAUACUAGAGCCAUGCCUAAAUCCAGAGUGCAUAUAAUUCCAUUGACACUCCACAAUUGACAGGUGGAAGAGUAUGAACCAAACCUUUUAUCAAAAAUUCAUCUGCCUAGACUCGUAAAUUUGAAUGGUGGGGAACUAGAGUUUUCAAAAAAUCUAGUUUAAUUUACGUUAUUGAGCAUUAAAAAGGAUCUGUUUUGAUAAAAAUAUGUAAAAGAUGACUACAAUUUCAAAUGAGGGACUAGUUACCAAACAAAUAAUAUUUUUGUGUUACAUAACAUUUCAAUAUUUUCGAAUUUCUUACUGCUUAAAAUAAUAAUUUGAGUUUUUCAUCAAACGCUUUUAUAAUACGAUAAAUAGAUUCCUCAUAUAUUUUAAUUUAGAUGCAGAUAAAUAUAACAGGACAGCAAAUUACAAUUACAUACUGAGCUGUGAUACAACAAACUGCAGAUUUAGGCAUGUAGGGCUCUAAGAUACGAAUUUAUACACAUGUAUGUAAGUGUGUGGGCA